AGUUUGGAAUAAACCGCGUGACUUUACGGGUUGGCUAGCCUGUUUAGAAAAAAAUGUUUACAUAACCUGCACGAAAAGAAUUUCAUUUCCCGCUUGAGAAAAUGUGGCCCCUGAUAGUGAGGUCCCUGGGCCAAGUCGGUAAAUACGUUACGCUUCCUAUCGUGGCUGUCAUCGGAUUUGUCGGAUACAACGUGGAGGGAUGGAUAUCCGAUCGUUACACACCCGCGACGAAGCCCAUUACGCAGCAGCGGCAGGAGAGGCUGCUGCAGGAGAAUAUUUCCGGCUCCUCGGCUAUCAAGAAGAAACACAAUCCUUUGGAAGUUAAUCUCUCGCCGUCGUUGUCUAGUUAGGUGUGAUUAUGUGCGCUUUAUUAUGCGCCGCAAUUCCAAUAUGAAAAAAAUAAUGAUUACAACACUUACAUAAAGUCUGAAUAAAUUUAGCUAAUUAUACAUUAUAUUAUAAAAGAUUAUGUUUGAGGAUGUAA